UUAGAUUAAGAUGGCCUGUAAAAGUGAACUGCUGGUUUUGUAACAAAAAUAUAAAAAUCUGGCGACAACAGCUUAAUUGGUGGAUGUGUCCAUAUUGUGAACAAUAUAAUGGUUUUUCUAAGGUUGAAUUAAUUGAUUCAUUAAAUAUUUUUAAAGUUAUUGGAAUAUCUUGAUACAGAAUUGAAACAAUCUAUCUAUGCAAUAUUGUUUUUAAAAUUCAAUAUUUAUUUUGGAUACUGUUCCUAUAUUUUCUUCCAUGUCAAAUUUUAGAAUGGUGAUUACUCAUAUAAUAUACCAGAACAAUAUAAGAAACCUUCACAUGAAAUCAAAAGAUAUUGCACAAUCAACCAAAAUAUGACUAAUAAAAAUAUAACUAAUGGGCUCUGCAAACAAUGUAACAUGAAUGAAAACCUAAAAAUAUCAAAAAUAUCUGGUUAUAUACCUGAAAAUGAAAAAAAUUAUGAAUAUGAAAUUAAAAAGUUGAAAGAUAAUUUAGAACAACAAUAUCCAUUAUGUGCAAAAUGUAAAAUUACAGUAAAUAAUGUAUUAUAUAAGCAAGCAUUAUGGCUUGCACAAUAUAAAAUGUUAUUAUUUAAACAAAAACCAUUCUGUAUAAUUGCUAAUGACAAAAAAUGCUUUGAAUUUAUAUGCAGAAUAAUAGCAACAAUAUUAGGUUCUAUGGUAGCAUACAAUAUGGAAUUCAUAUUUUUGCCAGUUGGAGGAUUAUUUUUUCAAUUUUGUGCUUGCUGGAUAACAAAAAAACAAAAUUCUGAUACAUUACUUAUGUUUUUAUGGAUUUGUAUGAUUACACUCUUACCUUUUAAAGAUACAAAAUUAAUUAAAGCAGAUUUGCAGAAUUCAUGGUUUUCUCUAGAAUAUAUAACUCAGUAUCAUAUGAUAAUAUUAUUUAUCUCAAUUAUAGGCUUUAUAAAUAUUAUACCUAAAUCUCAUAAAAUUACAUUAAAUAAAAAUAUAUCAUUUAAAAAAAUUGAAUCUUCUACAAAAAAUACAGAAUUAUUUGACUCAUUUAUAACAACUUCAAAUAAUAAGCACAAUUUUAAAAUUAAAACUAUUGGUAAUUUAAAUGAAAAUGUUGUUAAUCAAUCAGUAGAAAACAAGUCUCAAUGUGUAGGAAAUUCAAUUAAUUCAAAAUCUAUAAUUUUUCAAAAUUUAUUUACAAAUUCGGAAUUACAGUCAUCACCAAUGUCUGUGGUCAGUAAUGAUGCAAUAUUUAAUUCUACACCUAUAUGUAAAAAGAAUAUGAUAGAUAAUAGUUAUUCAUUGAAUGAUAGUUUGAGUACAUUAAGCAUAUUAUCAUUAGAUGAAAAUAAACCAAAACAUUCAACUAAAAUACCUAAGAUUUUUCAAACUAAAGUAUAUAGUACAAAAAGUUCUGAGCUCUUUAAGAAAUCUGGUAAAAGACAUAUUUUAUCACCACCGAAACUAAAAUCAGUUACACAAACAUCCUGGGUAGCCGGUGGUUAUUGGCAAGAAGGUAUAGAUGCACCAUCAUUAUCCAGAUCAUCCAGUCAAAGUUCUGGUUUUGGUUCUGUGAGUUCUAAUUUUGGUCCAUCUAGAGAACCAUCUAUACAUGAAUUUGACCAGUGUUCAGUUAUUUCUGAUACAACACAAUCUUGUUAUACAUUACGACAAAAUAACAGUCCCAUGGGAUCUUUUUGUCAACAAGGUCUUCAAUUUCCAUCAGAACCAAAAAAUCAAUCAUUUAAUAAUCAAACAGUGAAAUUUACAUCAACUAAUCUUUGUACUUCACAAAUGUUAUUGUCUCAAAAUAACAAAAGAAAUAAUUCAAUUUUUAUGGAUCAAUGUUCACAAGGACAAAACAUGAAUAUAAAUGAUGUUAAAAGUCCCUCUGAAAUGCAAAUAUUUCCUAGUCAUACCACUAUUGUAACAAGUCCCAUUUGGUUACCAAUCCUUUUAUGUGGUUCACUUGUAUUAAAUAUAAUAGUGUUAUGUACUAUUUUAUUACAUUGAACAGGGUAUACAUUUUUGCUAUUCUAUCUGAAUUUAUAUUUGCCAUUUAUACGUAUUUUAGUUUUUAAUUAUAAAGCAAGUUGAUUACUAUUUUAUAAAAUAAUUACUUAUAAAAAAUAGUAAUUAAUAAUAUAAAAAUUUCAACUUGUUGAUAAAUAGCGAUACACUGCCAGUAUAAAGUUUUCUAUUAUUAUCAUAAAAUCUUGUUAUUAUCACUCGCUUCUUUAUCUCAUAUAAAUCAUUGUAAAUAAAUAUUAUUUUUUUAUAUGCAUUUUACAAAGCAUCAAAUUUGAACAAUAAUGUUAAGUUAAACGCAUAAUAGUGGAAAAUGGGAUACUGGUUCGACGGAAAAAUUAUCUGACGUAAACUGUGAAUCUUGUGAUAAAAAAAACGUUCUCCAUGUGUGUUCAUUAGUAAGAUAUAUAUGUAAUCCAAAAAAUAAGAAUUAAGAAGAACUGAAAUAAUGUGAAAUUAAAUUCACUUUAUAAUAAUGUUUAAUUUUUUUUUUUAAUUCUAUUAUUAUAUUUGUGAAUACAAAAAAAAUUGUUUUCAUUACCGUGACUCAUAAUUAACAAACAACAUUAUAAAUCCUAUUAAAAUAAUUCUAUUAUUAUUAUUAUUAUAAUACAUGUUAAUUUUUUAUGUAAAUUUUGGUACUUGCAAUCUUGUACUAUUAUCUUGAAUAUGUUUUGAAUGUUAAUGUUUAAUGUUUUGAAUAUGGUUUGAAAAUAAAAAGAUAAAUUUUUUAAAUGAGAAUUAUAAUUUUUUUUAGUAUAUUCAGAAUUUUUUAGAUAUUAUAAUUUUUAAGAUAUUUCUUAUUUUUUUCAAUUUUACUAAAAUGAUAUAUAAUAUAUAUUAAACAAAAUUUUAUCCAAUUUAUAAAUAUAAGUAUUCUUUUAAUGAUAAUUACAUAUUGAAAAGUAUCUAUGAAAUAAUAUUGUAAAUAAAAAACUACAGAUGAUAAAAGUACAAGCUAGCAAUACCAUUAAGUGAAAUAAAAUAUCAAUAAAAGUUUCUAUGAUGGUGUUAUUAUAUUUCUUUAAAAAAUCAAUAUUUUUAUUAUAUAAUUAUUUUAAAAUUAAAAUAAAAAUAAUUUUCAAAUUACAUUGCUAAUUACAUAAUUAAUAUCUUAAUAUUUAUACAUAUGUACAUUUAUGAAACUAUCUUUUUUUAUUUUUUUUAAUAUAAAUAAAAAAUUUUACAUUACAAAUUUUGUAUAUAUAUAGUGGUAAAAUCCAAAAUAUUCUUUAUAUUUGUAAGAAUAUUAUUGUGUUAUGAUGUGAUGUUAAAAUAACUAAAUAAAAUAAAUAUUAUAUCUUUAUUUAAGAUAUGUUUGUGUAAAAAAAUUUAUAUAAGUUUUUUAAUGAAUAAUAUAUUUUAUAUUAUUAUUUUUUUGCACUUUGCACAUUUGAUAUUGAAUUUUUAAUUUUAAAUGGUAAUAAACAAUAUUCAUUAUCUGAUUUAUAUUUAAAAUGUCUAAGAUCUGGUACAUUAAAAUUCACUUUUCGUCUGCGAAAUCUUCAAUAAAAUUAAAUAUAAGUUAAAUUAUAUAAUAAAAAUUGUAAUUUAACAAUAACUUACUUAGUAUCCUGUUCAAUAUCUAAUGGUUUUAUUUCUCCUAUCUCUUCUUUGUAAGUACUCCACCAUUGACAUUUGGCUAUUCCUUCCUUUGAAUCCCUAUAUAUUUCUUCUUUUAAUGCAUCUUUUAAUCCGAAUUGAGUUAACGUACCAAAACUUUUCAUUAAAUCUUGUUCUGGAAUCCAUUUUCUUUGU